CCACUAGAGAGAAUGCAGCUUUAACAACAUUAAGUGUGUUAUCGUCUGCAGCUGCUGGUGAGGCCGAUGAUGAUGGUGUGAAGAUGGAGGCUCCUGAAUACCUGGACCUGGAUGAGAUCGACUUCUCUGAUGAUUCAGUGUAUUCUGUGACGUCUCUGAAGAGCAUCCCAGAGUUGUCCAGGAGGAGUGAUGGCCCGGCCGAGGACAGACCAGCUCCGGCCAUCAACUGGAGUCGCAGCGUCUCCUCCCUCGGCGGCGGCGGUGGGAUCAAACCCACGGGGCUCACCGAGGCUCACGGUAACAAGUUCCGACCCGUGAAGAGGGUCUCGCCUCUCAAGCACCAGCCGGAGACCACCGACUCGGACUCGGACGGUAAAGUCCAGGUGGAGCUGGUGGAGGAGGCCGGUAAGGAUGAGCCCGACUCGGACAAACCAACCCAGGCCUCCAGCUCCAAGGAGGCCAAGGGGCCGAGCGCUGGUGGAGGAGGAGGAGGAGGGAACAACCCCCAGGCUCUGUUCGGGGAGCUGGAGCACUACGAUCUGGACAUGGACGAGAUCCUGGACGUGCCGUACAUCAAGUCCAGCCAGCAGAUGUCCACGCUGCCCCGCGUCGCCCACGACAAGCGCUCGGUGACGGGGAGCAACCUGGGCGGAGGAGGAGGAGGAGGAGGCUCCAGCAACCUAGGAGGAGGAGGCACCCUGGAGAGGAGCCGAGGAGGAGGAGGAGGGAUGAAGAGCUUGGCGUUGCCCCACGGAGAGCCUCUGAGCCUGGGCAGCAGCAGCAGCAGCUCACAGACUCAGUACUGCGUUCUGUCUCCGGUGAAGUGGUCCGACCUCAGGAAGUCGAAGUCCAUGGAUCCAGACCUGCACCUCCUCCACCGCCCACCAGCAGGAGGAGGCUUCCAGUCAGAGCUGCUCUCAUCGGGACUCCUCAGCUGCUCCUCCUCCCUCUCCUCCUUCUCUGAUGCAGACAAGCUGCUGUCGGCUCGGGUCUACCCAGACUCUCAGAGCCAGAGGCCGGGUGUGGAGCCUCCAGGAGGCCCGGGCAUGAAGUUCCCCAAGCCGGGCAGGCAGGACGCCUCCAAGCCCUGGGCGUCUGGACCACCAGGAGGAGGAGGAGGAGGCAGCAGCGUUGGUCUGCCGAGGGGGUUCGGAGGAGGAGGACCAGGAGGGGAGGUGGACGAGGAGACCAAGAAGAACCAGAACAUCAUCAACAUUGUCAGAGAGGGACAGAUCUCUCUGCUGCCUCAUCUGGCGGCUGACAACCUGGAGCUGAUCCUAGACCAGGACGGGAACAACCUGCUGCACGUCUCAGCCUGUCAGGGUCACGCUGACUGUCUGCAGCACCUCACCUCUCUGAUGGGGGAGGACAGCCUGAACGAACGCAACAACCAGCAGCUCACCCCCGCUGGGCUGGGAGUCAAGAACGGUCAUCUGGAGUGUGUGAGGUGGAUGGUGAGUGAGACGGAGGCCAUCGCUGAGCUGAGCUGCACCAGAGAACAUCCCAGUCUGAUCCACUACGCUGCUCGCUAUGGACAGGAGAAGGUGCUGCUGUGGUUGCUUCAGUUCAUGCAGGAACAGGCGAUCUCUCUGGACGAAGUCGACCAGAACGGAAACACAGCGGUCCACGUGGCGGCUCAGUACGGACACCUCACCUGUAUACAGACUCUGGUGGAGUACGGCUCCAACGUGACGGUGCAGAACCAGCAGGGGGAGCGGCCUUCCCAGAGUGCCGAGCGGCAGGGACACACCACCUGCGCUCGCUACCUGGUGGUCGUGGAGACCUGCAUGUCGCUGGCCUCGCAGGUCGUUAAGCUCACCAAACAGCUCAACGAACAGGCAGCAGAGAGGACGACUCUACAGAAACAGAUGCAGAGACUGAUGGACCCCAACAAGGCUGAGGGGACACCUUCCAGAUCCCCCAGCUCCCAUCAGCCCUCGGGGGAGGCGUGGCCAGAGAUGAUGUUGACGGCGGAGGAGACUCCAGGCGACGGCUGGUUGGUCCGUCAGGGAGGGGUGGGCCCGACAGGCAGACCGGGGCCCUCGGGGGCCUCAGCUGCCUCGGGGCCCUCGGGGGCCCGCAGGACGGGGCUGGUGGAGCGGAGGGAGCUCAAACUGGCGAGACUCAAGCAGAUCAUGCAGCGCUCGCUCAGCGAAUCGGAUUCGGACGGGUAUCCACCGGAGGAAGGUAAAAACCCAGGAGCCUCGGCCUCCAGCACGCUGCGCCCUGAUAGGCCGUCCCACCUGCCAAUCACAGAGGAGGAGCCGGAGUCAAACCACCUCAACCUGAUGAGGAAGACCCUCCCCUCCUCGUCCUCCUCUUCCACAGCCGAGAGGAAGCUGGCGUUUUCUCUGAGCGCGUCGAAGUCGGCGGACAGCAUCGGUCACAACCCCUCCCCCACCUCCAGCGACCCGGAGGCGGCCGACGGUACAACGCCGGACGACCUCCUCGACGGAGCCCAGAAAGCCGCCGCCACGAGCCCCAAGAGCGCCCUGAAGUCUCCGUCGUCCCGCAGGAAGACGUCCCAGAACCUCAAACUGAGGGUCACCUUCGACGAGCAGGUGCACAAGAGCUCCAGUCAGGAGGCGGAGCCGAGCAAAGAAAGGCAUCAUGGGAAGGAGAAGGAGAGGACUCCGACGGGGAGCGGCGAGAGCAAGCGUCCGUUCGGGGCGUUCCGCUCCAUCAUGGAGACGCUGAGCGGAAACACGAACCACAACAACAACAGUCAGCCGGCCUCCACCUGUCACAACUCACCUGGCAGGAAGUCAGAGAGCAGAGGGGCGGGAGGGGGCGGGGCCAAGGUGAAGAGCAAAACCAGUAACGUUUAAUCAAACCAGAGACGACUGGAGGACACGGAGCAAACGGAGACGCAGGAUACAUGAGCAACUCAUAUUUACAUGGUAGCAGAGGAACCUUCAUGGAGGACGAACGAAUAUUUAAACAAAUCCAUAAAAUAUAAACAAACAGACUAAACACUGUGGUCAGGUGUGUUCUACCGCCAAGACUCAAUUAAUCACGUUUUAUUUAUUUACACCCUUCAAACUAAUCAAAGCUUCACAAAUGAUUGACCAGACGAAGAGACCAAUCUACCAAAUUAAGUUAUUUAAAUAAACAUAAAUAAAUAAAUUGAUCAUUAUGAAAAUAAGUAAAAUUAGGGCGUAAUAAAAUAAAAAUAAAACUAUAGCAUAAAAACACGUAAUUGUAAUGUUAUUAAAAACACUACGUAGAAGCCAGACUGAAUAGAUUAGUUUUUAGUUUCUGUUUCAAAAUAUAAAUAUUUUCGGCUCCUCCUGGAAGUCGUCACGACUAAAAUCAUCGUCACUAAAUUAAAAAGAGAAGAAGAAGUCUGGUGUAAAAAUGAACAAGUCUCAGUUUAAUGAGUUUAAGAUAACCGUGAUAUGUUCUCUCCUUUAUGUCGUAGUUAAUACUCCGGCUGCACAGCUUUGAUUUGUAUUAAUUGUUUUCUUUUGUAGCGUUUUAAUCGUUAUAAAAGCGUCUCUUUGUGUUUCUCUACUCCGACUUUGUUUUUUGCUACAUUUCAUAAAUGAUCUUAAAACUGAAUGAAAAGACGACAUUUGUUACGUGUGUCGGAGCCAAAAACACCAACACAGCCUUCACUCUCCGGUGACCACUUUAACUCUAAUUAAAUUUAACUUUCCUCCACUUCUGUUGUUGAGCCAUAAAGCUUCUCAUGUUUCUGCGUCUGAUGUUUGAACGACUGAAACAUGAACUCUGUUCAAUGGUUCACAAACAUGAACCACUGAGUGUUCAAAGAAUCGUUUUCUAUCCACCAACUGAAGGAAACGUUUGUUCCUGAAGAAACUUCACAUAAUUCGUAGCUUUUCACCUUUUCUAUUAGUUUUUAUCAUAUUACGUUUGUUUAUUUAGUCUCUGCCACUUUGUUACUGAACUCCACUAAAGAUGAAGUAUUAAUAUUUAUGUUUAUGCACAGUUUCAUGAUUAAAAAGUGGUUAAAACUCACGCACGUGGUUAACGUGCACCAGCACAACAGAUCGUUUUAAACCACUGUGUGUAUGUAUGUAUGUAUGUAUGUAUGUAUAUAUAUAUUAAUAUUAAUAUUAAUA